GCUGUGUAUUCAUAGAAAGCCGCUCUCUCCACCAGACUAAGGAUGACAAACAUCUCACGAUAUCUUGUUAAUCACCUGCUGACUUUCUCACUCCAGGACGGGGAUGUGCGGAAUGUGGAGGAAGCCCGGUCCCGUUUCUCCGUCCUGGCCCAGAGCCAAAAGCUGUGGAGUCAACAGAUGUACCUGGAUGUUGGAGCGAAGGCCAUCCAUCUCCGAGACACACAGAGCCAGGACGAGCUGGAGAACUACCCUUUCAAAUCCAUCUACCGCUGUGACGCCAUUAACACAGAAAAGCACUUCAAAUCCCUCCUUCUGUUGGUCUGCCAAAGUGCAGACCUGAACAAGCCAGACAUUCUGUUCUUUAACUGCGAGACUGUGAAGGCAGAGCAAAUCCGUGACGACAUUGCACACGCAGUUUCGGGUUCCUCCACCGGCAGCAGGAGUAAGAAGCUCCCUGAUGCCCUCAGGACGUGUGAAGGACAGACAAAAUGUGUCAGACUGUUUACUGCUGUGAACGUUACCUGUAGUGUGAGUGUAGCAGGGCUGAAACUCUCCCUCUCGUCCUCUAGGCUUCCUCACAGUGAGGGAAAGAUGAUCGACCCCUAUGAAAUCCCGAAACCCCCCGGCCCACAUGCUCCAAAUCCCCCACCAGCCAAUCCUCCACCUUACCCUGGACACAGAGGUAAUUCUACAACAGGCGGGCCUGAUAUCUCCUUCCUGCGAGCAGAGCGAGAAGUGAGGAUCCUCAAUCACUGUUUCGAUGACAUUGAGAUCUUCAUGGGCAAGCUGCAGCAGACUGCAGAGGCUGCGACUGUGCUGAACCAGAGGAAGAAGAAAAAGAAGAGAAGUAAAAAGCAAAGUGCUGAAGAAGAUCUACUCACUGCAAAGGCCCGUCCUCCGCCAGAGGAGGAAUUCAUCGAUAUCUUCCAGAAAUUCAAAUAUUGCUUCAGCCUGUUGGCCCGUCUGACAUCAACCAUCUCCAAUCCUUCAUCAGAGGAGCUUGUUCACCACAUAUUCAAGCCUUUGGAUAUGAUGGUGAGAACAACAGGAGGACCAGCUCUGGGAGCCUCAGUGUCCAGCCCCGCCCUGACCAGCUCUGCUGUCUCCCUGCUACAAGACAACCUGAGCGAGGAGGAGAGGCAGCUGUGGACGUCUCUGGGUCCCAACUGGACGCUGCCGCGCUCUCAGCUCAGAGGGCCUGUGGCUCCCUACACUCCUGUGUUCUUGGACGGUUGGAAGCCGGAAGCCUCGAGAGCAGACGGGCAGGUUUGGGAGGAUCCGGUCGACUCACAGCACAAACAUGAAGCCCUCCGAUUACAACAACCACAGCAGCAACAGCCACAGCCAGUUGGUCCUGCAGACCCUCAUACCAGUGAUGAAACAGACGGCAGCACACUCCCACCAGAGUCUGACAGGCUCUACAGCUGCACUUAUGACUUCAUAGCCAGGAACAGCAGUGAGCUUUCAGUGCAGCAGGGGGAGACACUCGAGGUGAUUGAAUCGUCCAAGCGCUGGUGGAAGUGUCGCAAUCGGUUCGGUCAGAUCGGAUUUGUUCCCUUCAAUAUCCUGGAUCCCUUGGCUCACACAGACAGCCCCGGGAACAAUAAACACCCCAGUGCUCCAGCUCCACCUCCCCUCGCCAAGACCUUCUCUGUCGUCCCACGCAGCUCUUCUCCUGUUACACCCCAGGCCAACACCCACACCCCCCAGCGCCCAUACAGUCAACAUAUACCAGCCUCAGAUGACACAGAUAAUAAAGUCAUGUUGAUGAAUGACGAGCUGCUCCAGAGGCUGACCAAUGGAAAGACCAACGUGAACAAACCUCUGGUCAUCCCUCGUUCCGCAGAGACGUCCGUGCCUCUGGACUACCACUCUCCUCCAGACGAGGUAGCCGAGUGGCUCCGGGGGAAGGGCUUCAGUGGACCGACGGUGUCAUGUUUGGGAGUGCUGACAGGCGCCCAGCUCUUCUCUCUCAACAAGGAGGAGCUACGAGCUGUGAUUCCAGACGAGGGCGCCAGAGUGUACAGCCAGCUUACUGUGCAGAAAGCACUGCUCGAGGAUGCAAGAAGGGCCACGGAGUUGGAGACCGUCAUGGAGAAACAGAAAAUGAAGGUGGAUCUGAAACUGGAGAGCAGCACAUUGUGAGCAGCAGGCGCUUCUACAUUAAGAGUUUUACAUGAAGGAUUUUUCAGA